AUGGGGCUUAACUUAGACGAAAAUUUCUAUAACCGAGUGGACAGUCUUUUGGAAGUCCUUGAAGACAUGUGUUUAAGCAAAACCAACGUCAAAUUAAUGUCACGGGAACAGCCGAUGAAGCAUCGCUUCCCAGGCCUCUAUAUGCUAGUCGAGGACGAAAGGCGCAAAGAACCCAACCAGGACGAGGCGAGGAAUGGACCUAACUGGCAGGCAGAACGUCUAUCCAGAAAGAUAUUCGAAUACCUGAAAAGGCCUAACGACAUCCUUGAUAUCUUGGAGAAAAGGUGCAAGAGUCUUAUCGAUUUAUUCCCAAAAGACGGCUGGGAAAGAGACUUCGAGGACGCCGAGUCCGAGGAUCAUUCCACUGCCCAGACGGCAUUGUUUCAAACACUUGCAAAAUACACUCCUUGUGGUAUUUGCAAGCACCAAGAUGCAAAAGACCCGGCCUCGUGGCACCCAACGAGAUUAUUCUUGAUGAGGCUUGAGAGCAAGGAAGAUCUGGUCCGGUUUGAUGUCAUCACAUCAUCAACCAUCGAUGGGUCUUGGGAAGAUCUCUGUAUUGAGAUACCAGCGUCGACUAGUCGAGUGAGGUUUGCGAACGAAAAGGGACCGGAUCGCGAAUCUCGCGACUUGACUGGCUUAGAUGAUGCGCCAAUUGACUCAUUCUGUAAGAUUUUCCAGGACAAUAAUGGAUGUCGUGUUUCUCUGAGGCUCCACGGCAAAGAUCUUUUUUGGUCGAGAGAUGAAGCAUUGAGACACGAACCAUCCCCCGGUAGCGGCAUGUCUUUGUCGAGUGUCUUGAGCCAGUUCAAGCUUACUGUCAGAGAAAAGUUCGCUCUCGCUUAUAUCAUCGCGUUGUCUUUCUGGCAGUUCUACAGCUCUGAACUGAUGCAUAAAGUAUGGAGCAGCGACACAAUAUGGUUCAUGCCACAGGCAGACGGACAACGCGAACCCAAAAAGGUGCCACUCAAAGCUUACGUCUCUUUCCAUCCGGAUGCGACUAAAUGCGAUGACGAUGCCUCUGAGUGUAUCAAGAGAAGAGGACUCAUACAUAAGUAUCCUCGCAUUCAGUCUCUCGGAAUAUUGCUCUUGGAAAUUGGACUCGGCGAACCUCUUUGCCCUCCAUCGUCCGACUUUGAGAACCAGCGGCUCAACAAGCGUCUCAACAACCGCCACAUGGAUGCGUUAAAGAAACUCGAAGAACUUGAGAACAAUAAAUGGGACAUCAAUUCUCAAUACCUAGAGGCCUUCGUCAGAACUAUCAGAAACUGUCUAGAGUUCAAUAACUCAGCGGGCAUGGAGGAUGAUUUGAACACUUCAAAUUCCCAUCUCAGCCGGAGAGAAUGGCUACAUCAGCGGGUGGUGGCAGUACUCGCGUACCUGGAUAGACUGUUCCCGAGGAUAGACAACAAGCCACUAGGAUCUGCGCUUGUGUCUGGCAGUCAUGGUCCAGUAAAUAUGCAUGCCCCAGUUGCCGCGUAUAUAAACCCAGAGGUAGACCAAGCCAGCGAUAGAGGCAGCAAGCACGCAAAUUCCACACAGCUCAGAGGACCGAGGUCUCCUACCAGCGGGGAGGACUUUGAGAUUGCGAUAAUUUGCGCCCUUACCCGCGAGGCGGCCGCCGUUGAGGCUCUUUUCGAUCAUUCCUGGGGCAGCGAUGAUCCCCGUUAUCGCAAAUCUAGUGGCGAUAAAAAUGCCUAUUCCACCGGCUCCUUUGGCCGUCACAAUAUCGUUCUUAUUCAUAUGGGCCGCAUGGGGAAAGUCCACGCUGCUUCAGUUGCGGCGAAUUGCCAGGCAACAUUUCCCAACAUCAAGCUUGCUAUUGUCGUGGGUAUCUGUGGUGCGGUACCUCUUGCCCCGGGUCGUGGCGAAAUUGUCCUGGGCGAUGUCAUCGUGAGUGAGGGCAUCGUCCAGUAUGAUUUUGGACGGCAAUUUACGGAGUCAUUCGAACUAAAGGACACUCUUUUAGAAUCACUUCCAAGACCCAACAACCAAAUAGCCAACUUCUUAGCUAAACUGAGAACCCCCAAAGUAGAAGCGACGCUCCAUGAGAAGAUGUCUGGUUAUCUUAGUACACUCCAACAAAUACCUAAAUUGGAAGCAUGCUAUCCGGACACAAAUCUAGACAUCCUUUUCGACGCGAAAUAUGAACACCGAGACAAGGAUCUAUCAUGCAAAGAUGCGGGCUGUUGCGGUCAAAUAGUGACACGCGCUCGUUUCAUCGACGGGACACCGGAGCCCGAGGUUCACUUUGGCUUGUUCGCCUCAGGGGAUAAGGUGAUGAAGUCCGGGGCACAUCGAGACGCAUUGGCUAAACUGGAGGGCAUUCUGGGCUUCGAAAUGGAGGGCGCCGGUGUUUGGGAAAAUUUUCCCUCCUGCGUCGUGAUAAAGAGCGCCUGCGACUAUGCAGACAGCCACAAGACAAAAGCAUUUCAGCAGUAUGCGGCAGCAACGGCAGCGUCAUGUGCAAAAGCAUUUUUGGAUGAAUGGGUAUGA